UGCAGCUAUUUAGGAUUCAUACUAACAUUAUUUCAGGCGGUCGAUACGUCGUAUAUUUGCAUGCUUCCCCCCUGAAGGUACAGAGAGACCUAUAUAUGGAUACCCCGCAUACCCCACGUAUGCGAUUAUGCAAGGGUACCACGGGAAAUGUAUGGGCCGAUAUCUUCAUUUUCUCAUACCACCAUUUUCGUCAUUUUCGUUGCUAUCGUCAUUUCAAUAUUCACGACGAUCGCUCAACCUCCCCUAUUAAGACGUCCGGCCAAUCGCCAAUGCGCACCACAGUCACUUAAGAAACGCGAUUGGCGAUAUGAGCUGCGGUCAGUAUGCGCCCACGGCCUGCCGGGAAUCUGUUCCGGCCCUUUUAUCUCGAUAAUAUCUGUUGGCGGUGCAGUCAACAGCUGAACUAUGCGAGAACUCCAGCUAGGAGGGCCUUCGCCCACUCUGUCGCUCCGCCUCCGCCGAAGCAGAAAUCGAGGUUAAAGGCCGGCUACUUUAUAUCCAACAGGCUCUUACCUCGAAUCCAAACACCCCGGGCAGCUUCGCUGGAAGAUGGUCCCGCUACGGGUGCGCCGGCAGCGAAUCAUGCCGCUCAAGACCUUCCCCACCGGCGCCGACGGGCGGCAAGGCGUAAUACUACGGCGGGAGACCCGUCUACCGCUUCUAACACCUCAGAUCCCGCAACGGCGGCCGAAAAUCCGCUGCCGCAAGAUGCUUCGUCUGCUCUGACUACGGCAUCUACGAAGCACCCGGCCGAUUCCCUGCGUCGACAAAUAUCUCUCCUCCUUUCUCUGUCGAAGCCUCGUCUCACCGUCCUCAUCGUCCUCACUGCUAUGGCACCUUAUGCGUUGUAUCCUAUCCCCGCCUUUCUUUCGCCGUCUAUAGGUCUAGACACGCCCUCCCUAUCGCCCCUGACCCUAACUUUCCUUACCACCGGGACGGCGCUUUGCUCGGCCAGUGCGAACGCUCUUAAUAUGCUCUACGAACCAGCGUGGGACGCCAAGAUGACGCGGACGCGAAACCGGCCCCUGGUUCGCGGGCUCUUAUCAGAGCGCAAAGCCCUCGUCUUCGCCAUCCUCGCGGCCUCCGCCGGUGUCGGUGGCCUCUACUUCGGCGUUAACCCCACAGUCGCGUUCCUGGGCGCUGCGAAUAUCGCGCUCUACGCCGGCGUCUACACGCCCAUGAAGCGCAUCUCCUGGCUCAACACUUGGGUCGGGGCUAUCGUAGGGGGUAUCCCGCCUCUCAUGGGUUGGGCCGCGGCGGCCGGCGAAUCUGCCACGGGAGACGGAUCCUUCCGCGAGCUUCUCCUCACCCCCGACGCCAUUGGUGGUUGGUUAUUUGCCGCGGUGCUAUUCGCCUGGCAAUUUCCUCAUUUCAUGGCCCUAUCGUGGCCUAUAAGAGAGGAAUACAAGGCCGCCGGUCACAAGAUGCUGUGCUGGAUCAACCCCGCACGCAACGCGCGUGUGGCCCUGAGGUACAGCUUGCUCUUCUUCCCAUUAUCUAUCGCGCUCUGCGCCGUAGGGGUGACCGAGUGGACUUUUGCCGUGACGAGCCUACCGGUCAACUUCUGGCUGGCGCGCGAAGCGGUGCGGUUCUGGCGGAGCGAGGGCUUCAAGGGGAGCGCGCGAGGGUUGUUUUGGGCUAGCGUCUGGCACCUGCCGGUCAUCAUGGUUCUAGCUCUCGUGCAAAAGAAAGGAAUGUGGGGACGUGUUUGGAGAAGCGUAGUUGGCGAGCCAGACUUCGAGGACGAGGAAGACGAGGAUUGGAUCGCAGACGAAGUCGGAGAAGAAGCUGAGGUCGCCGACGAUGGGACCAGGACAGUCGUGCCCCCUAUUGGGCCUAAAUGAGCUUACGCUCCGGCCUAGCUUUGCCGAUCUGCACGAGGAUGGCACCUCGGGGAAGAAAAACGCAUAUAUCUGUAACAUAUAUCCCUAUUAUAUGUAAAAGAAACUACUCUCUGGAUCAAACCACGACAGCAGGUUAUAUUAAGUGGCAUGACCCAUCCACACGUGUUCGAAUGAUGCCGACGACGCAAAUUCAGGGGCUGCCGUUUCGGUCAGGAAAUGACUGUAUUUUCGCGACUCCCGCCUGGCUUAGCAAUCUAAUAAUUAUUAACCCCGGUCUCCGGCCAAGGUUCGGGCUCUUUUGUGAGUACAGCUAGCAGAUGGCCUUCCCUAGUCCCGUGGUAUCUAUGUGGUAAAAAUCUAGUAUACAGAGCAUUCACUAAUCAUAAGCCUCUGUUGCCGAAAAGCAGUCAUUAGCAAUACUUGGGUUCCAAACUUCGCCGUACCCCUGAUUCCCUUAGUUCUGGUAUGUGUGAAAACGGAGGGUUGACAUGGUAAAUAUCCGUAGCAUGAUAGUUCCCCCUAAAAGCAAUUAUAAAGGAGCGCCGAGUUUUCUUUCGUAAUCCAAUCUUCUUCCGCCACACUCUCCGUUGCCCCCCGUA